GCAUGCAUCAGUGCCAAGAAAUUGCAUUACGUGGGAGACUUCUGCUAAGCAGACAUAGAGACGUUUCUGGAGGAUGGAGGUGGGACAUGAGCAAGGACGCGCACAGGGGAAUGGAGGCAGUGACGCCGCAGCCGGAAAACCCCGCACCUCUCCCUGUAACAGCCUGAAGAUGUUUCUGGUGGCUUUGUCCUUUGCCUAUUUUGCAAAGGCUCUGUCGGGGAGCUACAUGAAGAGCACAAUAACUCAGCUGGAGAGGCGCUUUGACAUCCCCAGUUACCUAAUAGGUGUCAUUGACGGGAGCUUCGAGGUUGGUAAUCUGUUGGUGAUAGCUUUUGUCAGUUACUUUGGGGCCAAGCUCCAUCGACCAAAGAUCAUCGCAGUAGGUUGCGUCCUGAUGUCUAUUGGCACUUUCAUCAUCGCUCUGCCUCACUUCAUCAUUGGACGCUACCAAUAUGAAACAUCUGUGCGGUGGGUAGUGAAUUCAACACUGAACCCCUCUCCUUGUCCAGUGGGCUCACCGGCAGACUUAGCUCAAGAUGGAAAAUUGUCUCAAGUGCCAGCCACAGCUUGUGAAGGCGACUCAAACCUGUCAAUGUGGAUCUAUGUGCUCCUUGGAAAUGUCUUGAGGGGGAUUGGAGAGACACCUGUUCAGCCUCUUGGGAUCUCUUAUAUAGAUGAUUUUGCUUCUGAGGAAAAUGCUGCGCUAUAUAUUGGCUGUGUGCAGACCAUUUCCGUCAUUGGACCUGUGUUCGGCUACCUGUUAGGCUCCCUUUGUGCCAAAAUCUAUGUGGACAUUGGAUUUGUAAAAAUGGAAACUAUCACCAUCACCCCAUCGGAUGCCCGCUGGGUGGGGGCCUGGUGGCUGGGCUACCUCAUAGCAGGGGUCAUCACUCUGCUCUCUGCCAUCCCAUUCUGGUUUCUGCCUCGUUCCCUGCACAUACCCGGUGCCCAGGGCUCAGAGAAGUGCACACCGGAGCAGACAAGUUUCAUUAAAGACCCUCAUAGUGGGAAGCACAAGUAUCCUGCAGACCAAAAUACGACUUUCAUAGAGAUGGCCAAAGACUUUAUUCCAUCCCUGCGAACUCUACUGGGAAACCCUGUGUACUUGAUCUACCUGUGUGUGUCAAUCAUCCAGCUGAACUCCCUCAUCGGCAUGGUAACCUACAAGCCCAAGUACAUCGAGCAGCACUUCAGGCAGUCGGCAUCAAAGGCCAACUUUCUCAUGGGUGUGAUUAAUAUCCCAGCUGUGGCACUGGGGAUGUUUUCUGGAGGUUUACUGAUGAAGAGGCUGAAGCUGAACAUCAUGGGCGCAGCCAGGUUUGCCUUCGGCACAUCUUUGAUCGGAUACAUCCUGUCGCUGUUCUUCUUUGCAAUGAGCUGCGAAAAUGCCAAGGUAGCCGGAGUGACACUUCCAUACAUCAGCUUGGAUAGCGUAUCUUAUGAUAAACACUCAGUGUUCGCAGCAUGCAACUCAGACUGCUUUUGUUCAGCAAGCGACUGGGACCCAGUCUGUGGAGAGAACGGCAUCACAUAUGUUUCUCCCUGUCUCGCUGGCUGCGCCAGCUCUUCUGGCUCAGGGAAAAACACAGUGUUCUCUAGCUGUAGCUGUGUCGGAGUGGCUGGGAACUUUACGGCCAGCACGGGGCAGUGCCCUGAGAAGGACGACUGUGACAGGAUGUUCCCAUAUUUCCUGGCUCUCUCUGUCAUCACUUCCUUUAUCAUCUCCCUUGGGGGCACACCAGGCUACAUGUUUCUCAUAAGGUGCAUCCAACCACAGCUGAAAUCCCUGGCGUUAGGUUUCCACGCUAUGGCAACUCGUACCCUAGCGGGGAUCCCAGCACCGAUCUACUUUGGAGCAAUCAUUGACACCACAUGUCUUAAAUGGGGUCAGAAGAGGUGUGGAGGCUUAGGAGCCUGUCGGAUCUACAACACCACUGCAUACAGGGUAGCAUACCUGGGUCUGACUCUGAGCCUACGGUCUAUCUCCUUCAUUAUUUGCAUCCCGGGCUUCAUUCUGCUCAGUCGGCAGCUGAGGAAGGAGGAAAGAAAUGCCGUCCAUGGAGCACUGGCUAACGGCGGAACAGAGCUGGAAGAACUCAGGAAGGAAGAGUUUGUUGUUUCUAAUUCUGACCAAUCACAACAAACGGCAGACAACGGCACAGACAGGGAGACACGGCUGUGACAGAACUGACCCGACUUGUCUCUCACACACACACACACACACACACACACACACACAUGUAUUUUAGAAUACAUUUAAACCUACAGUAUGUACAGUGAUACUGUACACAUGCACGUACAUUUAAAUGAGAUUUGCAGGGAAUCACAUGCUGUAUCCAAUCAUCUCAUAUAAAGCAUAAAUUAUAUAUUUAUACUACUACUGGGCAUAUGAAGGCUUUGUGAAUUUGACAGAAACUUUGAUAUAACUUCAAUAUUUCUUGAAUGUACUGUAUAUGCUGAUAUUAUUUUUCUUAUAAAGAAGAGUAAACUAUAUCUUUUUGGUUUCAAUGGUAGCACAAGAUAGAUGGGACAUGUGAUUUGUACAGACUACUACAAAAAACAGUUUGAUCCUGAAGACCAGCACUGUUUUUAUUCCUGUCAUCACUCGUCGUGGACAGAGGAGGAUAAGUGGCCUUAUAAACUAGAGGCACUACACCAAAUUCAAACAGAGAGGAUGAAAUAAGGCCUUAAAAAAACAGGAACUGAUGAUUUCAAACAGGUUGUUAUAUGAGGGAAUGGAAAUAUGUAUUUCAAUAACGUUCAGAAGGCUUGUCUGAUGUUGUUUUGACGUGUGCCUCAUUCACUCAACAGUUACCUCUCUAAAUCAUGUCUCACAUCUUAAACAUAUCUGAAUGCCAUUUCAUUUGACUUUACACUCACUUAGAAAAAAAGUUAAGUCUUAAACUGUAGUCAUUUACUUUAGGCCAACGUGUAAUUGUAUUGCAGUUUGUGUUGUGCGCUUUUUGGAUGUGAACUUGUUCCAUUGGUACUCACACGCUAAACAUGGAAAUUGUAUUUUUGUGAGUUUUGCUUAUCCGUUUGUCUAAUGGAUGCUCCUCCAUUUUGCUUUUAAACAACACCAGCCCUAAUUGACUCAUUUCUAAAUCUGGUAUUGAAAAGAAUAAACAGUACACAACAGUCUGUCACAACGCUGAUAGCUAGGAUUAGAUAGAAUUUGCUCAGAAUAUCUCUCUCACUUUUGCAGGCAGUCUUUUUGAACAGCCAUUUUGUUUAAACCGCUGGUUGAGGUCAAUGCUUACUAGUGUCUGCCAUGUGAUGUGCCUUAGAAGAGGCAGAAUGUGUACUGUUAGAACAUUAAUGAAAAUAUAUAUAAAGAUAUACUGUAUGUUGUUUUAAUCUUUAGGCAAAAUAUUCCUCCGUGUGUGACCACAGGAAAUGCCCAUUUAUGUUUCUGCUGUGAAAAAAGCCAUUGCUAUACAUUAUGUUUCACUGAUCAGUCUGUCUUUAGGAGACAUUUGUUUUUUCUUGUGUAUUUUUCUUGUGCCAAAACCCACACAUAUAAAUAUCAUGGUCUAUUCUCAGGUUUUUCUAACAAUUCUGUUUUCAUAAACAGCUUUAUCCCAUAAUUAGAAACCUAUUUUCUUGAAAUCCGUCAAAAAUCGCCUUGUAUCUCAUGACAAUUGUUUAGUAUGUACAUUUAUAGCAUAUUAUCAUUUUGUAAGACUUUAUUUCCACAAUGGAGACGUAUCAUUUUGUUAACAUUAUGUGAUAUUGUCUUAAACAUUCAGGUUUAAGUUUCAGGCACAGGUGGCCACUAGUACAGACUCAGAGAGACGUGUGUAGAGGAAGGAAGUAGCUAUCAAUCUCAGUGAUGCAUUUACUUGCAUCAAAAUAAAUCAGAAUAUAAAUAGUUUUCUGGAUUAUUUUUGUAACAUU